AAGACUUUGUUUUCUGGAUGAUUACUUGUCUCAGCAGAUACUGUGCUGUGUACCAUACUGGCUUUCCAAAAGUACUUUGUAAGCAGCAACAUAAUUGUUUCAGAAGUCAAAGCUGAAUAUAUUGGGAUUUUCCAACUGAAAAUGGCCACCUCCCUGUAAGGACUCAACUUCUUACAGCUCUGACAGUUGACCCCAGCGUGUGAUGAUAGUUGAGGAUGCCACGCCCCUGGAGAAUAUGCUGCAAUAAAAAAUCCAAAAGCAAGAAUGGAAAAGCUGAAACGGACCUUACAGAAGGCACAAGAGAAAAAAUGCAGAUGAAAAAAGAAAUCACGUUACUAAAUGGAGUUUCUUUAAUUGUUGGGAACAUGAUUGGCUCUGGGAUAUUUGUAUCACCCAAAGGUGUUUUAGUGUGCAGUGCUUCCUAUGGACUCUCUUUAGUCAUCUGGGCACUUGGUGGGAUGUUUUCACUGUUUGGAGCUUUGUGUUAUGCUGAACUGGGAACAUCCAUCAUUAAAUCUGGAGGCAGUUACGCUUAUAUUCUUGAAGCAUUUGGUGGCUUUGUGGCCUUCAUCAGACUGUGGUCUUCCUUGCUAAUUAUUGAACCAUCAAACCAGGCAGUCAUAGCAAUCACGUUUGCUAACUACAUCGUUCAGCCAAUCUUUCCUCAUUGUCAGCCACCGUAUGAUGCGGUGAGGUUGAUUGCAGCUGCUUGUGUUUGUUCCUUAACAUUUAUUAAUUGUGUUAAUGUGAAGUGGGGAACCCGUGUACAAGAUGUUUUCACAUAUGCUAAAGUUAUGGCGCUUAUCUUGGUGAUAGCUGUUGGCCUGUACAAAGUUGGUAAAGGAGAAACAGAAAACCUGAGAGCUUCAUUCGAGGGCUCAGCAACAAGCCCAGGAAUGAUUGCCCUGGCUCUCUACUCCGCACUCUUCUCCUACUCGGGGUGGGACACACUCAACUACGUCACCGAGGAAAUGCAGAACCCCCAGAGGAAUCUACCUCUUUCUAUUGCAAUUUCAAUGCCUGUUGUGACUAUUAUUUACUUGCUGACUAAUGUAGCAUACUACGUAGUGUUGGACAUGUCAGAUCUCCUCACAAGUGAUGCUGUGGCUGUGACAUUUGGCAGCGAAACCCUUGGUUAUGGAAAGUGGAUAAUUCCUAUAGCAGUGGCCAUGUCUUGCUAUAGUGGCUUAAACUCAUCAAUAAUUGCAGCAUCCAGGCUUUUUUAUGUUGGAGCCAGAGAAGGACACCUUCCAGACAGUCUGAGCUUGAUUCAUGUGAGGUGCUUCACACCAGUCCCUGCUCUCCUCUUCAAUGGCUUCAUGACAUUGGUUUAUCUCCUUGUGGAAGAUGUUUUCCUACUCAUUAAUUACUACUGCUUCAACUACUGGCUCUUUGUUGGUCUGUCUAUUGCAGGACUGAUAUAUUUGAGAUAUACUCAGCCACACAGACCACGGCCUGUUAAACUUAGCCUCUUCUUCCCUAUGGUAUACUGUUUAUGCUCCCUUUUCCUGGUCAUAGUUCCUCUCUACAGUGACACAAUCAAUUCCCUUAUUGGUAUUGGUAUUGCCCUGUCAGGCAUUCCUGCCUAUUAUUUGGGGGUCUAUAUGCCAUUUGAAAAGCGACCUAAGCAUCUGCAGUGGCUCUCUGCUACAACAACAAAAUAUGUUCAGAUGCUCUUUUACUGUUCUCUGUCAGACCUGGACAUAGACAUGGAACCUACAGCAGCUAAGAGCAAAUAGAGUUGCCUUGACAUUGAGAGUUGCACCUUGACAUUUUCUAUCUGGAGCAAUUUUUAUCAUCUGAAGUUCUCCAUCAGGUGUUCAGUUAUACCAAAGCACUAAUCACUGAACUAUGCUGAUAGUACUAUGUACUAUCAGUUUGAUGUCUGUUAAUUUGUGUUUGUUUUAUAAACCACUCUGUUUUACAGAUACUUUUUAAAAACAACAACUCUGCUAAUAGUGAGUUAUCAUGUAACAUUAU